UGUUUACAAUGAAAAAUGUUAUCUGCCCCUAUUGAAAGUAAUAUAUUGAAAUCAGUGUGUUCUAGGUCAAUGGCUUCUAAGACUCCAGUUGGAUUCAUUGGACUGGGCAACAUGGGGAAUCCAAUGGCAAAAAACCUCAUGAAACAUGGUUAUCCGCUCAUUAUUUAUGAUGUAUUCCCUGAUGCAUGCAAAGAGUUUCAAGAGGCAGGUGAACAGGUAGUGUCUUCCCCAGCAGAUGUAGCUGAAAAGGCUGACAGGAUUAUUACAAUGCUGCCUACCAGUAUCAAUGCCGUAGAAGCUUAUUCUGGAACAAACGGAAUUCUAAAAAAAGUGAAGAAAGGCUCAUUAUUAAUAGAUUCCAGUACUAUUGAUCCUUCAGUUUCAAAAGAAUUGGCCAAAGAAGUUGAGAAAAUGGGAGCAGUUUUCAUGGAUGCCCCUGUUUCUGGUGGUGUGGGAGCUGCUCGGUCUGGGAACCUAACAUUUAUGGUAGGAGGAGUUGAAGAGGAAUUUGCUGCUGCCCAAGAGUUGCUGGGGUGCAUGGGCUCCAAUGUGGUGUAUUGUGGAGCUGUUGGGACCGGGCAGGCUGCAAAGAUCUGCAACAACAUGCUGUUAGCUAUUAGUAUGAUUGGAACCGCUGAAGCUAUGAAUCUUGGAAUCAGGUUAGGGCUUGACCCAAAACUAUUGGCUAAAAUCCUAAAUAUGAGUUCAGGACGGUGUUGGUCAAGUGACACUUAUAAUCCUGUUCCUGGAGUGAUGGAUGGAGUUCCCUCCGCUAAUAACUAUCAGGGUGGAUUUGGAACAACACUCAUGGCUAAGGAUCUGGGAUUGGCACAAGACUCUGCUACCAGCACAAAGAGCCCAAUCCUUCUGGGCAGUCUAGCCCAUCAGAUCUACAGAAUGAUGUGUGCAAAGGGCUAUUCCAAAAAAGACUUCUCAUCUGUGUUCCAGUUUCUACGGGAGGAGGAGAACUUCUGAACAUGCCCUUUGGCCGUGGACAUUGUUGGGAACCAGACUAUCUUAGAGCCACCUCCUAGCUCACUCCACAAGUAAAUGGGUUUAAUCAAA